AAUGGUGAAUAGUAAGGCCAAAAAUAAUCAGGAGGAUGGUAUCAAGUUUCCCCAAAUGAAAAAUAUUCAUAUUAGGUGUAUGGAAAAGGGUGAAGAAGAUCAAGUUGCAAAAAUCCUGGUUCAUGGUUUUUCAAAUGAAUUGUUAUAUGAUGAAAAUAGUACAAAAAACAUAAUUGUUACUGUUGAUAAAAAUAACAAACAAAUUGCUGGAAUUUGUAAAGUACAGGAUUCGAACAGCUUGGGAAAAAAACUCUCGCUUUUUGAGAUACUCAAAACAAUACCAAUAAGAACAGCUUUUUGGAUUAUCAUGACUUUUUCAUCAUUUGAUAAAGUAUGUGACCUGAUCCUUGAGGAUGAACAAGUGGUGGAAUCACUUACCAUUCAUGACAAUUAUAAAAAGCAAGGAAUAGGGAAAAAUCUACUUCGUCAUGCUGAAUGCAUGGCUAAACAGAGAAAGUCUAAGAAAAUAUCCUUGUUUGUUUAUGAAGAAAAUCCAAUAGCUAUCAAACUGUACAAAAAUGAAGGAUAUGUCAUAACACAUACAAUUUACGACUUAAAGUCUCUAACAUUUGGUAAUGAGACCAGUUUGAAGAUGGAGAAGACAAUUUAAAACUACCAACAAUUGAGAAAAUAACAAAUUUAACAAAAAAUUAGCAGUAGUGUUAUUAAAGUGCAAAUGAUUACAAAUUGAU